UUAGCCAUUGCCAAAAGGCACUGUUGUCACAUUUUGUCCAUACAGUGUUUCAAUACUUCCAAUUGUUUACAUCUUCGCUUAACAAUUUCACGUGGCUCGCGAAAUAUCGACAAUUGUGAUAGUCAACAACUACAAAGUGAAGUGAACAAUGGGACGAUGAAUUGAAGAACGAUAUUUGGGUAUAUCUUGGGGGAAAUACUAAGAUCUUUUAUUGCAUCAGCCUGACGAUAUGAUGGAGGUUGGACCCGACGAGGAGGCUCAGACUGUCCUUCUGGAGGGGAUGGAGGGGACCCAGUACAUCACGAUUCAGAGGAGUGAUGGUGAGGCACUGGGCAAGGGUGUUCCUCUGCUCACGCUCAGUGGAGAGCUGAUCUCCGAGGGAAUGGUCGUCGACAUGAUCAAUGCUGGAGUUGCUAAUGAGUUCAACGCUGGAACACAGUACUACGAAACUGAUGAUCUUCUUCCUCACGAGCUGACUGAGGAGGACAAAAAGCUAGCAGCAGCUCUAGUGGCAGUUCAACUUCAAGCCCAGCACAAGCAGCAGCAGAUUCACACUCAGACCCAGCAGAACGAUCCAACACUCCCUGAUGUCUCUCAACUGGCCACCCUCGCGCCAGUGAACACUUACGCCAUCCAAACGAUAUCCCAACAGCCACCAGUGUACUCCAGCAUCCCUACAUACAAACGAAUAAAUCACAAUGUCAAGCAGGAAUUCGUCAAUGUCAAGAGUGAGUACGACAUUGACGUGUCUGCUGACAGCAGUGAGGACGCCGCCCCGGCCUCUGGACAGAAGAGAUCGCUGCCUCAUAAAAAGAGAAUUGCCAGAAAACUCAAACAACAGACGAAGAAGAAUGCUAAGAAGGAUGCUGGGAAGAAUCAGGAGAACAUUAUUGUGGAGGUCAUUGAGGAGCCUCAGGCCUACAAGUGUGAACUGUGUGGGAACAAAUUUGGGGGACAGCUCAAGUUCUUUGAACAUCUCAAGUCUCAUUACGAGCCUGUGAAGCAAGAGACUAGAGUAGCCCAAGCAACAAACACAAACAUAACAAUAGCCUCUACCGAAUCCAUUCAAAUCGAGCACACUGCCAUCGAGGAAUUCAGCGAACCUGAGGACCUCAUGGAGGGCAUUCGAGGAGUGGUGGAAGAGACCGGGGCCCACAUUGACGAAGAGACCGAGUCUUCAACUCUCGUGAACAACAGCUCCAAUCUCUGGGGGAUCUCCGACGUGACAGAAUCGGUUCAAGAGCAGAAUACCAGAGAAGUCACUGAGCAGGACUCCCAGGACAAGGUUGAGGAGGAAUUACCAGCGACCACUAAGAAGAAAAAGGCCCCGAAGGGGAGGAAAACUCAGAACAAUGGGAUGGCCUGUCCGCAGUGCGAUAGAACUUUCCAUCAUAAGAAUAGUUUGAUCUAUCAUAUGAGGUCUCACACUGGGGAGAGGCCGCAUCAGUGCGAAGUUUGUGGGAAGAGUUUCUUCGCUGCUAGUGCAUUGAAGGUCCAUAAACGUCUUCACAGUGGGGAUAAGCCCUACAAAUGUGAGGACUGUGGUCGUCAUUUCCGCCAAUGGGGUGAUCUGAAGUACCACUCGAUGAGCAUUCACUCAGAGCAACGUCAAUUCCAGUGUGAAUACUGUGGAAAAGACUUUGCCCGAAAAUAUUCACUCAUUGUUCAUCGACGAAUUCACACUGGUGAAAAGAAUUAUCGUUGCGAAUACUGUAACAAAACUUUCCGUGCAAGUAGUUAUCUGCAGAAUCAUCGCAGGAUACACACAGGGGAGAAGCCCCAUCCAUGCACGGUCUGUGGAAAACCAUUCAGAGUGAGAAGUGACAUGAAGAGACACAUGCACACACACGACAGAGGACGAGCGGAGAGGCUGGCAGCAAGACUCAUCAGUAAGAACGAUGGAGAUGACAAGGAAAUUAAUGCUGACAGUGUUGUCAAGACCCUGGAUGACACUGACAAGGCCCUGCACUCUUCGACCAUUCAGGAUCUCGUGCAGGAGCUGAAACUCGAAGUCGAGCAGAAUAAUGUCGUUGAGAUUGUGCCACCUGAGGACAAUCCUGAGAGUAUCCUGCCACACGCUGGGGGACAGGGGUCUCAGGUCGAUCGUUUGUAUCCUGUCGCCAGUGGAAAUGACGAAAAUUCUGAUAGAGAUCCUUUGGAAGCUGUCGAUAGAACAUCAGAUACUUUGCAGUAUUUCUUCAUGUAAAAUGAAUAAUACCCCGGUAUCAUGAAAAUUGAAACAAUUCAAGGGUAUGAAGUUUGAAAAAAAGUAUAACAUCGACUGAGCUAUAAUUUCCUGAAUAAAAUUUUCUAUCACUCUUAAGAACUAUUGUUAUCUCCCACAAUAAAUGUAAAUACCUUGAAUAAGGCGAUUACAACAGACCAACCACAAGCAGUGAAAUAACUCGAUAAAACCCAAUAACCUUGUGAAAUUAUGAUAACGAAACUCUCCAAUUAGUUUCUCAUUUUUAUUUUUCUCUACAAAACAAGAAAAGUCCAUUGAUUUGGAAAUAGAAGAUUUAUAUCGCAAAUUCGAUGUAUGUAAUAUUAAAAAUAUAUUUUUUACAUGAACACGUU